AUGGAUGUGCAUAUCAUUUCAGUGGACAUAAUCAAGCCAUCCUCCCCAACUCCAAGCCACCUCACAGAAUUCAACCUCUGCUCACUUGACCACCUCAUUACAGCCGAUUACGCCCCCAUCCUCUUCUUUUACCUCAAUCAAAAUAACUCCAAACCUCUCCACAACUUGCCCCUCCUCAAAAAAUCCCUAUCCCAAACUCUUUCGCGGUUUUCUCAACUUGCAGGCACCAUCAAAGACGAUCUCUCUAUUGCUUGUAAUGAUCGAGGAGCGUGUUUUGUCAUGACAAAGGCCGAGAAUCUCCUCCUACGCGAUUUUCUCGAGAGCCCGGAUCUUAAGCUUAUCGCCAAGCUUCUCCCCUGUGGGCCCGUUCGAAAAUCGGCAGAUUUUGUGACCAAUAUACAGUUGACCGAGUUCCAAUGUGGCGGAAUUUCAAUCGGAGUUUGCGUGUCGCACAAAAUUCUCGAUGGGGUCGGUUUGAGCACUUUUCUGAAAAGUUGGGCAUGUUCGGCAAACUCGUCCGAGGAGAAAAAUCCGGCCCGGCCCAAUCUUUCGGCGCCUUCGAUUUUCCCUGCUGCUGACGUGUCACUUAGAGAUUCGUCUACGGCCAUGUGGGGUUCUUUGAUCAGUGAAGGUCAGUUUGUGACCAAGAGAUUCGUGUUUGAUGGCUCGAAAAUCGAGAUUCUCAAAAACCUUGCAGCUGCUGGGUCGUCAACCCGUGCUCGGCCCACACGAGUCGAGGCUGUCUCGGGAUUCAUAUGGAAAUGUGCGGCCGCGGCUUGUGAAGAGAGGUUUGGGCACAAAAGGCCUUCUUUUGUUACUCAUUUGGUUAAUUUACGCAAAAGGGCGUCACCGAAUCUGUUGCAAGAGUCCCUCGGGAACCUUGUUUGGUGUCUUGAGGAGAUUAGAGAACUUGGGAGUGAAGAUCGUGUGGAUCAUUAUGGUUUUAGCAGCUGGUGUAAGCUGGGUUUUUAUGAUGUUGAUUUUGGGAGGUUUGAUGAUGGGAUAGAAGCUUGGGUGACUUUGGAUGAAGAAGAGAUGGCUAUUUUAGAAUGUAAUCAAGAAUUUAAAGAUUUUGUCUCUUUCAAUCCAAGCCCUCUGUAUGUUGCCAAUCUUGGAGCUUAG